GCCUUCAAGAAUGUCCUCGUUUCCCCAGUCUGACAUCGGAUCAUAAGGAGACCAGAUGGCACUCUGCGACCGGAGGCGGACCAAUGUCCGGUACCUGGUCUUCCGCAGGCGAUCAUUGACCACCCUUUCCCGGUCGCAACAUCGACAGCAUGGCUGCUUCGAACUAUGUGAAGAAGUUUUGACACGUUGAUUCCAGACCACGGAAUAUAUGUUCUUCAAUGACUUCGGACCGUUCUCGACGCAGCGGCUGCUGCCGCCUCUACGAAGAGCCGCGCUUCGGCCACUUAGGCUAAAGACUGAACUGACACUGUAAGUACCUUUUCGGCUAUAGCUCGAGCUGGAGCUUCGAUAUAUUGUGCCCUUGUGCUCGAGUGCAUCAUGGAGACAACAACCAGACCCGAUUUACGAACGGAUUUCGAACAACAUGUCGGACCCAAAGCCCAUCGUCAGCCAUUUGUACACCGCGGACCCGAGCGCACACGCGUUCAAUGGCAAACUAUACGUCUAUCCGUCCCAUGACCGCGAGACUGACCAGCCUGACAAUGACAAUGGCGACCAAUACGACAUGAACGAUUACCAUGUCUUCUCCAUGGAAUCUGUUGGCGGAGAAGUGACCGACCACGGUAUUGCUCUGCAUGCCAAGGAUGUGCCAUGGGUCAGCAAGCAAUUGUGGGCUCCGGACGCCGCUGAAAAGAACGGCAAGUUCUACCUUUACUUCCCAGCUCGCGACAAGGACGGCAUCUUCCGCAUUGGUGUUGCCGCGGGCGAUAAGCCUGAAGGGCCAUUUAAGGCCGACCCCGAACCUAUCAAGGGCAGCUACUCUAUCGACCCAGCCAGCUUCGUGGAUGAGGACGGCCAGGCAUAUCUGUACUUUGGCGGUAUCUGGGGCGGUCAACUUCAGUGCUGGAGGACGGGUAAGUUCGUUCGUGAGGCAUAUGACGACAUGGAGGCUAGUGGCGACGAGCCUGCGCUGUUGCCUCGUGUGGCGAAGCUGACCGAUGACAUGCGCUCCUUCAGCGGCGACGUGAAGGAGAUUGAGAUUCUGGAUGACGACGGCAAGCUGAUUCACGCGAGCAAGCAUGACCGCCGCUUUUUCGAAGCUGCCUGGGUGCACAAAUACAAGGGCAAGUACUACUUCUCGUACUCAACCGGAGACACACAUUAUCUUGUGUAUGCCAUCGGCGACUCUCCGCUUGGACCGUUCAAAUUUGCCGGUCGUAUUCUGGAGCCCGUCCAAGGCUGGACGACGCAUCAUUCGAUUGUGGAGUUCAAGGGCAAAUGGUACCUCUUCUACCACGACACCAGCCUCUCGGGCAAGAACCACUUGCGGUCUGUGAAGAUGCGCGAGCUGGUCUACGACAACGAAGGCCACAUCAAGCUGGCGGAACCGCAGCCUUGAGGGAUCUUCGAUUCGCGGUUGCAGGAUGCAAGUACGAAGCGAGAGUCCGGCGUUGCGCGCACUGAGGUUGACGACUAGAAAAAUGUGGAACCUGCUCAUUACGCCUAGCUGAGGUCCACUGUAUAAGUAGCGCUGGUAAAAGCAUUAUCUUAUCGCCCAACAACCAGGCAAUUAGGCUGCUACAGCGAUUUGUCGAUCGGUGUGCCAUGGUCAGACUUCUUGAGCCCUUCGAGCUUGUUCCACUUCUCCUUUGUGUUCACGCACCGGCAUGAUGAUACGUGUCACAGCCACGAUGACGACAUGA